UUAACAUUUUCCGCUCAGGAUAAGCUAAGCUCGCUCACCUUGUGAGUGUAUUUCAUGGUUUUUGGUAAUCUACGCCGGCUUAAGCCUUCUUUACCACACAAGUCGUAUUCCCUUCACAAGACGACUUAAAACCGUUGCAACAGUGAACUUAAAACCAACUCAGUUUCCAAACCGACUGAUGUUUAUUUUAGCUUCUUCAUGAUGUUUGCUCGAAUAGUUGUUUGGUUGUUUUGUAUUGACCAAAUCGCCGCCUUGAAGGAAUUUAAGAGAGCUUUUCAAGCUGGUGAUGCCAUGCUUGGCGGACUCACAGUGUUACAUUACAAGGAUUCGAACGACAAAUGCGGUUUAGGCUUCUUUCCUGUUGGUCUCGGCCACGCUGAAGCUAUGAUCUUCACGAUCGAACAGAUCAACAAUGACCCUUCAUUGCUUCCGAAUGUUACUCUCGGCUUCGACAUCCGUGACUACUGCGAAACUGUGUCUGUUGCCGUUAAAGAAACAUACGACUUCGUGCGAGAUGCAGAUUUGUAUCAUAUGUAUACGAACAGAAAUUUCAGCAUGGAUAACGAAACAGCUUUGUGCUACAGCAGAGAUGCUGUUGCUCCUGUUUCUACGAUUCUUGGGCCGUACGACUCGGCGAGCGCUGUUCAGAUUUCAAGUCUUCUCAGCAUGGCCAAAAUCCCAAUAAUAAGCUUUGCUGCAACAAGCGACGAGCUUAGUUCCAAUCAAUAUCCAUACUUCUUAAGAACAGUUCCGCCUGACAGACAACAAGCGAGAGUGCAAGCAGAUCUGUUUGAAUACUUCAAAUGGACGUAUAUUGGUACGGUAGCUCUGGAUGAUUCUUACGGGCGGUUUGGCGUCUCUGCGUUACAGAAAGAGGCGUAUAAUCGAGGAACCUUUUGCUUGGCCUUUUCAGAGUUUAUUCCGCGUCUUCGUGCUGCUACUGAUAUGUGGCAGAUUGUGUCACGCAUUAAACAGCAGAGCAGUGUCAAAGUCAUCGUGGUGUGGGUCUUCGGUGGAUAUGCGAAGCUUUUCUUCGAAGAAGUUCACAGGCAGAAGCUCGGGCGACGGACCUGGAUUCUCGGUGAUGGAACGAGCACGGAGGAUAGCGGGCUGCUUGGACCGUUAUUUCGUCUACUGGACGGCGCCAUUGGCGUUCAGCCACGCGAUCGCAAAGGUGAAACUUUCCUGAAUCACUUGUAUUCCUUAACGCCGAAUAAAACUCGUUUAGGAAGGAAUCCGUGGUGGGAUGAAUACUGGAAAAAAUUUCGGAGUUGUACCCUUGACGCAGACAGCGCAGCCGACCCAAGGUGCUCUAAUGUACCGUUGUCACACAAUGAAGUUUCCAAAUUGUUCGAUCCUUACCUUGGCUACCUUAUAGACGCCAUAUUUGCCGUGGCAUUCGCCUUAGACAAGCAAUUCAGGUGUCGCGCUUCAGACCGAGAGCCUCCGGGGAAAGCAUGCUCCGAUAGAAAGGAUCUGUUGUCCCACUUGAAAAAUGUCAGUUUUCCGGGACUCACUGGCGUCGUAGAAUUUGACCGCGAAGGUGAUCCCAAGAAUUCGUUCUUUGAAAUUGUGAACAUCCAAAUAAAUAGCAAGGGAAUUGCAAAGAAGGCCCUGGUAGGAUUUUGGAAUAGUGUUAAGAAGCCAAGGUUGUCACUGAACGACUCUGCGAUCAAAUGGGCAAACGCCACUUUUGCUACAACGGUACAGUCUUCAUUCUGCAGUCAAGUGUGUCCCCCCGGAACUAGGCAAGAGGUGACCACUUCAUGUUGUUGGAAGUGCGUUACAUGUCCGGGGGGCACAGUCAGCAAGUCACCUGGAUCUACCAACUGCACGGAGUGCUCGCAUAAACAAAAGCCGAACGACGAUAAAACGAAAUGCGAGGAUCUGCCAGUGAAAAACCUUCACUUCAGAGAUGCAGCUGGUGUAUUCCUUUCUUGCGUGACAGCGUUAGGAUUUUGCGUGACCGUGGCUAUGUUUCUUGUGUUUGUGCAAUACCGCGAGACACCAAUUGUGAAAGCGUCGAAUAGACAGCUCAGUUUUCUCCUUCUUGCUACGAUCUUCUCCAGUUUUACUCUGGCGCUGUUGAGCAUUGCAGAGCCAACUGAUUCUAUUUGUCGCUUGAUUCAGUUUUCCCGGUACGCAAUCUACACCACUUUUGUAUCCAUAUUGUGGCUGAAGUCAGUUCGCAUUUUCGUCCUUUUCCAAGUCGACAGUUCAGAGAUGCCCUUUCAAAGUUACAUUUCAAGAGUGAAAUACCAAGUCGGUUUGGUUGCUCUAGUGAACAUUGUUGACAUCGUGCUGUUAACCGCAUGGUUCGCUUCAGAUCCGCCAUACAGAAACGAGAAGAUACAACCGACCCAGUUCAUCUUCUACACGUGUAAACUGUACGGGUCGUCGGUCGGAAAAUCGUUAUAUUUCAUGGUCUGUUCGUAUGUGUUGUUGCUUUCAUUGCUUUCGUCUUUUUAUGCAUUCAAAGUUCGCAAAGUGCCAGAUAAUUUCAACGAGGCGCGCUUCAUCGGCUUCUCGCUUUACAUAAUUUUGUUGUCUGCACUGUGUUAUUACUCGGUGGAUUUCUCAAUGCAGGAAGGUUGGUAUGUUUCUGUUAUAGCCUGCAGCACAACACUAGUGGAUUCGUUUGGCCUGCUUGGCUGCAUGUUUAUUCCUAAAGCUUUCAAUAUCUUGUUCCAUCCUGAAAGAAAUAAGAAAGAGUUCAUUGGGGCUCAGAUCACCGCGUACGUUUGGCGGAACACGAAGUUAGCCAAUGUGAAUACGCGUGAUGGCAGAUCAGAGAUCAGCCAAAGCACCUAAAGUAUUGAUUUUGAGUCUAAGAACUAGAAACAAGAUGAACGUAACAGGAUUGAUGGCUCCAUUAAGGAAACUCUACUCUGAAAUCUCAGAAUUGAUUUAUGUGUAAACUUCUCUGUACAUUUCCAGUAUACAGAAAAUAUUGACGAGAGUAGCUAAGUUUAUCAUCUAAUCGGUGGUAAUUAAAUGAAACCCCAAGUUUUUCUACCUUUUUUGUAAGAAAAUAUGUUGUUCGACGAUAGUGGAUAUCGUUUCCGUGGGCUGCUUUAGUGGGCUGCUUUAGUGCAUAAGCUUUUAAUAUCCUGUUCCAUUCAGAUAGAACUAAGAAAGAGCUGAAAAGGGUGCAGCUCAGCGUAUGUUUGGCGGAACAUACACACAAACGUGCGGUGAUAGUUUUCAUCUAAGCUGACGCUGUAACGCAAUUAGCUUUUUGAUUGAGUAUGGCAACAAUACCUGCUGUUAGAAGCGCUAGUUUGGCAACUUAGAAUUUUACUUUUUUUCGCCUUUUUUGUGCCGUUUAAUAGCAUUGAGUGAUUUGGA